AUGACGUCAUCGCUUCCUGUACAGUGGUGAGCGCCCAUGACACGUGACGUUCUACGUAUGCGUCUUAGUUGAAGGAGAAAAAGCAGUCGUGACGUCAUCGUGCGGUCGACAUGUUCACCGGAAGACGGCGGUGUUGACUUCACGUGACAAGGAAGAAGACGCUGUUUGACUAAAAGCAUGGUGCUGAGGGAGAUCCCCGCCGACCACCUGGCGCGACCCCUGGGCAGGAACGAGGUGCUGGGCUUGUUGUUCCGCCUGACCAUAUUUGGUGCUGUCACCUACUUCACCAUCAAGUGGAUGGUGGACGCCAUCGACCCCACCCGCAAGCAGAAGGUGGAGGCUCAGAAACAAGCAGAGAAGUUGAUGCGGCAGAUUGGCGUGAAAGACGUGAAACUGUCCGAGUACGAGAUGAGCAUCGCUGCACACCUGGUGGACCCCCUGAGCAUGCAGAUCACAUGGCGGGACAUCGGGGGUCUGGAUGAGGUCAUCACAGAGCUCCAGGAGACUGUCAUCCUGCCCGUCCAGAAGCGUCACCUCUUCACCUCCUCCAGGCUGCUGCAGCCCCCCAAAGGUGUGCUGCUCCAUGGACCACCCGGCUGUGGCAAGACCCUCAUCGCCAAGGCCACCGCCAAGGAGGCGGGCUUCCGCUUCAUCAACCUGCAGCCCAGCACGCUGACUGACAAGUGGUACGGAGAAUCUCAGAAACUCUCUGCCGCCGUCUUCUCAUUGGCUGUCAAACUGCAGCCCGCCAUCAUCUUCAUCGACGAGAUAGACUCCUUCCUGAGAAAUCGCUCCAGUUCAGACCACGAAGCCACGGCCAUGAUGAAGGCCCAGUUCAUGAGUCUGUGGGACGGUCUGGACACUGACCACCACUGUCAGGUGAUCGUCAUGGGCGCCACCAACCGUCCGCAGGAUCUAGACUCGGCCAUCUUGAGGAGGAUGCCCACCAGAUUCCACAUCAACCAGCCGGGCGUGCACCAGCGAGAACACAUCCUCAAACUGAUCCUGGAAAACGAGAGUGUGGACCACCAGGUGCAACUCUCCCAGGUUGCCAAGGAAACGGAGGGAUUCUCAGGAAGUGACCUGAGAGAAAUGUGUCGUGAUGCUGCCCUGCUGUGUGUGCGUGACUUUGUACACCUGACUACUGACAGCCCGUCAGAAGAUUUCAUUCGUCCAAUCCACACGUCGGACUUGCAGCGAGCCAUCGCCAAGAUGAAGAAAUCCAAGAUGGCGGGUGGUCACGGCGCCUUGCUGCACGCCGCUCUGGACUGAGCACAACCUUCACCUCGGCCCGCUGGUUCGAUUCCCUCUGGCUUUUCUGUGCCAACGUUACUUUUCUUUUUUUUGAGCCCUUAAAUGUCCGCUUGCUCACUAUUUGCAGGCCACGCCCACCUGUCGUUUGGUCAUGGAAUUCUGAAAGCUUUUAUUUUGACGAGUAAUAAAGCGACUUAAGGAAAUAAUUAGA